AUGAAGAAAAUUUCCAAGAGCAGCUGCAAGUCAGCAUCACACAGGCUCUUUAAAUACAAGGCAAGGAACCAUGUUGAUGAUCUACAUGUCAUGUUCUUGGAUCUACAGUUUGCCAGAAAGGAGAGCCGCACAAUUGAUGUGGCACUCCUUGAGGAGCAAGUCCAUCAAAUGCUUCGUGAGUGGAAGGCUGAGCUCAAUGAGCCUUCUCCAUCUUCUUCUCUGCAGCAAGGUGGUAGUCUUGGUUCAUUCUCGACCGAUGUCUAUAGGCUAUUGCAGCUUUGUGAGGAGGAAGAUGAUGCUACUAGUCCAUUAGUUACACCUAAGCCUGAACCUAAUGAUCAGACUAUGCAGGCUGGGGCUAAGGUGAUAGUCCAAGAGGGCCAACAUCAACAAGAAUUCAUAUUACUUAAAGAAUGCAAACACUCCGCUGUAGGGGUUCCCAGCAUGGCGGCUAACAACUUGGAUGGACCUGCCUUAGAAUUUCACCAAUUUGAUUUCAAUAAAGAAUUGGAUCACAGCUUUUAUGCUGGUACAGGUUUUUGUGAGGAAGGUAGUGCUCCUCACAUAUCUAGCUAUCUUCCAAGUGUAUGUCCUCCUCCUUCUGCUUUCUUAGGCCCAAAAUGCGCACUUUGGGACUGUCCAAGACCUGUUCAAGGGUUGGAUUGGUGUCAAGAUUAUUGCAGUAGCUUUCAUGCUGCUCUUGCUUUAAAUGAAGGACCACCAGGGAUGACCCCAGUUCUAAGACCUGGGGGAAUUGGACUCAAGGAUAAUUUACUUUUUGCUGCUCUUAGUGCAAAGGCACAAGGAAAAGUCGUUGGCAUCCCAGAUUGUGAGGGAGCAGCAACUGCAAAAUCUCCAUGGAAUGCACCUGAGCUCUUUGAUAUUUGUGUUCUGGAGGGUGAGACUAUUAGGGAGUGGCUUUUCUUUGAUAAGCCUAGAAGGGCAUUUGAGAGUGGGAACAGAAAGCAGAGGUCACUGCCGGACUAUAGUGGGCGUGGAUGGCAUGAAUCUAGAAAGCAAGUGAUGAAUGAGUUUGGAGGGCUGAAGAGAUCCUAUUACAUGGACCCUCAACCUCUGAACCUUUUUGAGUGGCACCUUUAUGAGUAUGAAAUUAGCAAGUGUGAUGCGUGCGCCUUAUACCGGUUAGAACUAAAGCUUGUUGAUGGGAAGAAGAACUCCAAGGCAAAGAUAAUAACAGGUGAUUCGGUUGCUGAUCUGCAGAAGCACAUGGGAAGCCUCUCUGCUGAGUUUCACUCUGAUAGUAACAAACGGUCUGCCAAAGGUAGAACCAAGCUUGGCAUAGGAGGUGGUGUUUAUUCAGCUUCUAACAGAGUUGCUCUACUAAAUGCACCUUAUCAAUACGGCUUAACUUCACCAUAUGACUUUGUUGUUGACAACACAAUUCUUUCUCACAUGAGUGCUGCAUUAGAGGCUGCUGGAUACAAAAUUCUAACUUGGGAAGAUCACCAACAAAUGGUGAGUGCUACAAAUCAUCAGCACAAAGCUGCAGUAAUUCAUUCCUGA